AUGGCUGUGACACUGUUAGAAGAUUGGUGCAAGGGUAUGGACCUGGAUCCCAGGAAAGCCCUGCUAAUUGUGGGCAUCCCUAUGGAGUGUACUGAGGCUGAAAUUAAGGAGACCUUGAAGGCAGGCUUACAUCCCCUGUGUACAUACAGGAUGCUAGGCAGAAUAUUCAGGAGGGAAGAUAACGCUAAGGCAGUCUUCAUUGAAUUGGCUGACACUGUCAACUAUGCUGCUAUACCCAGUCAGAUACCAGGAAAAGGGGGUGCCUGGGAAGUAGUGGUAAAACCUCGGAACCCAGAUGAUGAAUUUAUCAAUAGGCUGACUUACUUCCUGAAAGAUGAAGGCCGGAGAAUGGUAGAUGUGGCCAAAACUCUGGGGUACAGCACCCUUCCCAUUGAGGGCAUAGAGCCAGAGGACUUGGACCAAGUCAAACCACCAGUUUUGCAGCCUCUGAGGGAAAGCGUGUGGUACCGAAAGCUGAAAGUGUUUUCAGGAGAUGCUCUCCCAGGCUCAGGGGAAGAGAGUUUUGAAGCCUGGCUAGAGCAGGUCACUGAGAUGAUGCAGAUGUGGCAGGUGUCAGAGAUAGAGAAGAGGCGUCGCCUGCUAGAGAGCUUGCGUGGUCCCGCACUGUCAAUCAUGCGGGUGCUCCUGGCCAAUAAUGACUCCAUGACUGUGGAGCAGUGCCUGGAUGCCCUAAAGCAGAUCUUUGGGAAUAAAGAGGACUGUAGAACCUCACAGUUCAGGUUUCUUCAGACUUCCCAGAAGUCUGCAGAGAAGAUCUCUGCUUUUUUGCUGCGCUUAGAGCCCCUGCUGCAAAAAGCUGUGCAGCAAAGCCCAUUUUCAGUGCAAAGCACAGACAUGAUUCGCCUCAAACAUAUUCUAGCUCGGGCCUCCAUGACCGCUGCCCUCCGGGGCAAACUUGAGCUCUUAGAUCAGCGAGGGUGCCCACCCACUUUUCUGGAAUUAAUGAAGCUCAUUCGAGAUGAAGAGGAGUGGGAGACCACCAUGGCAGUGAUGAAAGAGAAACAGAGGCAAGUAGGAAGGGGCCACAGGGCCUCUGGCAGACAGGUAGUAGCAGAAGUAGGAUAUUCUGCAGUUCAGGUCACCAUGCAGGCAGGGUGUUUCAGUGAAAACAGCACCCAGACUGCACAGGAAGGUGUGUCCCCAUCACUGAAGCGCAGGCAACUGUCAUGUGAACUCUGUACUAUGGGAAAAGGCCAUGGCCAGGCAGCAUGUCCCAAAGCUGAGGACCAAUCUCCACCCAUGCUGAGGCCUAAAGUUGCCGAAGAAGGGUUGGGAUACGAGGAAGGGGCUGGGGGCAUGAGCCACCCCAAGCCCUAG